UUAUUCAGCAUGUUGUUGUCUAUUGUAUUUUUAUAUUAAAUUGCCUUUCAAGAUGACAUAUCUGUUCUAUGUGUUGGAUUUUAUCAAGUAAAUUUCCCCCAAAAAUGCAACUUAUAGUCUGGUGAGACUUUUGUAUGUUUUUUUUUCCUCUUCGUUGAGCAUUUUAUGGCUGGUGCGACUUAUACUCAGGUGCAACUUAUAGUCCGAAAAAUAAGGUAGAGGUAAUGUUUUCUCUCCACUUGAGGGCAGUCAUGCUCUUUGGACAGGUGAUGUUUCAAUCUUGUUCUAGUCUGAAUUAGAUGAUUUUUGUGUCAUUGUAUUUGUAUCUUUUUGGCAAAAUAUGGUCAUGUAAUGUACAGUAUAAUGAUAACAGUUCAUACAGAUUAAGUUAUGCUGAGAAAGAAAAUAGGCCAUCAUUUAAAAAAGACAUUGCAAGCAGUUACAAUGUAACUCAUUACUUGAGAAUUUAGUAUUUAGAAUUAAUGCUACUCUUCCUUGAGUAAAAUUUUUGGCUACUCUACCCACCUCUUGUCACAUACACACAAACACUUCCCAUUUGUCACAGUAGACCAGUCCUUUGGCCAACCCCCAACCCAACACCUCCACUGGUCCACCCCCAAUGUCCUUUAGCCAAAACACCGUUGACAUUAAAAGAAAAACCACAAUGCACAUAACAAGCAUGUGCUGGUUUCAUUGUGGUGUGGCUGAUAAUUCAAACUAACCUAAAUGUAUCAUAAUAUUAAAUGACGCAAUGAAGAUACCGUCUCGCUUGUGGAUCAAAAUACUUUCUUUGCUCUGGAUAUGGUGUGAGGUUGUGGCAGUCACUCAUCUUUCACAAGAUGGUAAGGAAAAUAUAACAUGCUUCUGUUUGAAAGCAAUAUUUAUUCUAGAAAAUCUAAACGUUCAUCACUGUUGCUCCUGGUUGACAGUAACAAUUUUGGGGGCAGAUAUUUCCCUCCUUCAGGAUGAAGACGACCCCAAAUGUUUCACAAAGACAGAAGAGGAUUUUACCUGUUUUUUUGAGACCACAGAUAAUGGGAUUUAUGAUAUGUUCUACAGCAUUGGCGAAUCAAGACAGUCUGGGGAUAAAAGAUGUGAUAUGUUGACCCAGAGGAAGAAAGAAGGAAUGUUUUUACACAUCUGCUCAUUUCCUUAUUUGGAUGUCAUCUCAUAUGUUGAUAUACACCUUCAUGUGGUGGAGCGCAAUGCCAACACCAGCAUCUACAGUCGCAUUGUCAGUGUGGAAGAUCACAUUCUCUUGAAUGCACCCUUAAAUGUUUCUUUACACCAUGAUGGCAAAGCUGGACAGUUACGGGUUAAAUGUUUCACAAAUGUGCCAAAAUACUGGGAGGAAAAGCUACGAUAUAGGAUCGGAUACACUUCCAAGGGACUUGAAGAAAGGAUAAAAGAGGGGAGUGGCAAAGGGGAUGACUCAUUAGUGUCUGUAGUGCCAGGCGAAGAGGUCCAAAUCAGGGUCGCUGUCAAGUGUGGAAAUAUUGAGAGUGCAGGGCACUGGAGCCAUUGGUCAAACCCUGUGAGGGAUGUGGCGCCACAAAGUGCAGAUGACAUCUCACUCAAAUGCUACACCUCGGAUCUUCAAAUGAUCACCUGUCGGUGGAACAGCAGCAAAUACAGCCAACCAAAUGCUUGCAGAUUUUUCAGUAAGAUUCAUAUCAGUGAGUCUUUGGGCUGGACUGAUUGGACAGAAUGUCUGCAUGAUGGGAACUUGACUGACCAGUGCAGUUUCCAGGGAGAUGAGUACAAAAAAGUCAAAGUCAAACUCACUAUUGCUGCCAUUCCGCUCACGAGGACAUUUUAUACCCAAGAGUUCCUUUUGAAAAACAUCAUCAAAACAUACCCUCCAGCUCAUCUGAGAGGAUCGCUGGAAAAAGAUAAGUUAUGCUUGAAGUGGGAAGCUCCUCUUAUGACUCUGUCAUCCCAUCUGAAAUAUGAAGUCGGCUGCCAAUUCAAAAACAGCAAAGCAUGGCUGGUGAUUUCCCCCAAGGGCUCAGCAACUGAUGCAUGUCUGGAAGCUCCCCCAAGUAUCAAGUACAAAGUGAAGGUUAGAACUAAACCAAAUGGAUCCAUUUAUUCUGGCCACUGGAGUGAAUGGUCAGAUGUUCUUACUGGGAAAACCCCUACUGACCUAGACACUUUGCUCAUGAUUUGUAUCCCUGCCACACUGCUCAUAACUACUGUUGUCCUCAUCUCUUUGGGAUUUACUUACUUCAGGAAACUCAAGCAAUGCUUUUGGCCCCCAGUGCCGAACCUUGAUAAAGUUCUUCAAGGCUUUCUUGCCGAAAUGAACUUGCAGAAAUGGGACCCUCCAGACACUGCAAAGCAAUACUGCGAGGAAGCCACUUCUUCUGUAGUCGAGGUCAUGUCCCAGGAUGAGGUCUCAGGUUUGGCUAAAGCAUGCGAGGAAUUUUCACAGCUUCUGUCGUCAGAGCAAGGCCACCAUACGGGAGACCAGCAAGAGGGAAAUCCUAGAACAGAACUGAAAUUGUUUCCAGACUAUGUGACUCUGAACAGAGAAAGUGUCACUAUUUGCUCAACGGGAAACAAGUAUGUCUGUGAGCAGCUUGGGGACAAGAUAAGAGAUCCAGGGGUACAGGGGGAGAUUCUUUCAAAAACACGUCACUGUUUCUGCACUGACGAUUCUGUGCAUAUCCCCGAUUGCUUCGACACCAAUCUCCUAAAUCAUUCCUACUUGCCACUUUCUGAGCCUGUAUUUGGAGUCCAUGAGAAGUACACUUGUCCAAGGGGGCCUGGAAAUCUUUAUACUAAUUUAACUUGCAGCUAAAUGUACCACCAUAAAAAGUGAGGCGUUUCACAGCUGGGGUAGUUUUAAUCUACAGCAGGUACAUGAAAUGACACAGAGCCUUUGAUAACCAUUUACCUUUUUAUCUUCUCGAAAUCCUAUGUAACAGUAUUUUGGUCACUUGUCUGACUCAAAUAGCUCUGGCUUUCCUGAGAAGGGAAUUCAACUCCAGCAAAAGUCCUGGUCAUUCUAAAGUUAUACAUUUUUGCUCACCGAUUAAGACAUUUUUUAGUCCAUUUAUGCACUUUCAGAAUAAACAGUUUAAAUAGUAAAUGGGGAGAGUACUUAUAUACUGGGCACAGUUAAUAAGCAGAUCACUUGAUCCAUUUAUUUAACAUCGCUAACCUCUGCAUGGGUGCUAAAAAGCUUUAUAGUGUUAAGAUUUUAUUCGAGUAGAGAAAUCUGAUCAGUCUGCUCCAAAAUCUGAGAAAUUUCUUAAAAGACAUUUCAUUAUGAGGCUCAUAGUCUCUGCCAUGUUAUUUGCAUGUGCUUUUGUGAAAAUUACCUGGAGUUCCUGGGAUGCGUUGUGUUAGACUGUGAGUACAGAGCCAAAUCGUGGCUGUCAGGACUUCAUAUCACUCUCACAGUUUGUAUCUCAGUUUAAGCAGAAACAUGAACGAUGAUGGCUCCCAUUUUGUAGGGUACUGUUCCUCCAUGGAGGGCAGAUGGCAAUCUAUGACCCCAGAUAUACACAUUUCAUUCCAACAGCAAGUGAAAACAAUUGCGUUUCAUGGUUGCUUCGUACCUGGACAGGUUGAUGGUGACUUGGAGUUUGAAAGUUGUGCUGGAUCAGUUUACCUCAACAGUUGCGUCGUUUGAAAGCCACUAGAGGGAGCAAGCUGAUUGCAAAGAAAGCUUUGGGGAUUAAUAUUACGUUUGUUUUUUUAUUAUAUUUAAAAUUGACAAUAUACCAAUAAUGUUUUGAGAGGUUGUAAUUACGCCUUUGCAUGUAUCAUAUUUUUUCAACAUAAAGGGGAAAACAUUGAGCUUUUAUUUUAUAUAUUUAUAUAUUGAAAGUGUGUUGUUUUAUUUAUACGUUAGUACCUUGUUUAACAUGACACUGUUGUUUGAUCAUUUGUAUAGUGUACUCAUGGAACUAUAUAUUUUAUUGUUUUAAUAUUUACAUUUAGACUAAACAUGAUCAUGGAUCAUUGAUUAUGACUGCAGAUGGUGUCUUAUAUCGGAUGCUUUUCUAUUACUUGGAUUGUUCAUUGCUUAUGUUUAUUUUAUUCAUAAAGAUCUUCUUCAUUAGGCAUGCAGUAAUACUUGUUGUCCCAUUGCUGUUACAUUGUUUAAAGCCGAAUUAUUUUUAUUAUUUAAGUUGUAAUUACACCUUUGCAUAUAUCAUAUUUUUCUAUAUAAAGGGGAAACCAUUCUGAGUUUUUAUUUUAUAUAUUGAAAGAGUGUUGUUUUAUUUAUAGAUUAGUACCUUGUUUAACACGACGCUGUUAUGUGAACAUUUGUAUGGUGUACUCAUGGAACUAUAGAUUUUAUUAUUAUAUUAUCUACUUUUUUUUUUUUUUUUUAACCAAACAUAGAUCUUUGAUUAUGACUGCAGAUGGUGUCUUAUAUCGGAUGCUUCUCUAUUACUUAGACUGUUCAUUGCUUAAAAUAUGUCUAUUUUAUUCAAAAAGAUU